CUGGGAUUCGGGCCACUUGGAGUUAAUGUUCAACUGGGGGUCUACGGAGACCGGAUCCGAGGUGCCGCCGCUGGACGGGAUUCUAAGAUGAAGUUAUGGGAUGUCGUGGCUGUCUGCCUGGUGUUGCUCCACACCGCGUCUGCCUUCCCGCUGCCCGCCGGUAAGAAGCUUCCCGAGGCGCCCGCCGAAGACCGCUCUCUUGGCCGCCGCCGCUCACCCUUCGCGCUGACCACUGACUCCAAUAUGCCUGAAGAUUAUCCUGACCAGUUUGAUGAUGUCAUGGAUUUUAUUCAAGCCACCAUUAAGAGACUGAAGAGGUCACCGGAUAAACAAGCGUUGGUGCUUCCUCGAAGAGAGCGAAAUCGGCAGACCGCAGCUGCCAGCCCAGAGAAUUCCAGAGGGAAGGGUCGCAGAGGCCAGAGGGGCAAAAAUCGGGGCUGUGUGUUAACUGCAAUACACUUAAAUGUCACUGACUUGGGUUUAGGCUACGAAACCAAGGAGGAACUGAUCUUUCGGUAUUGUAGCGGCUCCUGUGAUGCGGCCGAGACAAUGUAUGACAAAAUACUAAAAAACUUAUCUCGAAGUAGAAGACUAGUGAGUGACAAAGCAGGCCAGGCAUGUUGCCGACCGGUUGCGUUCGACGACGACCUGUCGUUUUUAGACGAUAGCCUGGUUUACCAUAUCCUAAGAAAGCAUUCCGCUAAACGGUGUGGAUGCGUCUGA